UUUUCGAAAAAGUAAUGUCAGUACGCCGAUCAUGGCAGACUGGUUGGAACAAAAAAUUGUUCGCCUUGGCGAACUAAAUAACGUAGAAGAAAAAAAAGAUAUAUUAUCUGAGAUAAAAAUAAAAUUAGAAAGUUUAAAUAAUAGAGAAACUGAACAAAUCUCUCGUAACGUGGAUUUUAGUCAAUUGUUUACUCAGUUAACCUCGAAUGACAGAGAAUAUAUAGAUCAAGUAUGUGAAAUUUUGAAGGCAUUAUUUGGAAUUUUAGAACUUGGAGAAGUAUAUCAAAGAUAUUCAGCAGAAAUAUCUCAAUUAAUAAUUCAUCCAAUUGCUGAAGUUAGGUCACUUGUGUUGCAUGAAAUUUUAUGUAUUGUUUCUAACUCUCAAAAGAUAUCUUUAGUUAUCAAAGAUAUCAGUUUGUUAGUUGCUAUUAUAAAUAGGAUUGCAGAUGAAAAUUUAAUGGUAGCUAAAUGUGCAAUGUGUGUAAUGAAAGAAAUUGGUAAAAAUUCAAAUGGAUUACAGAUUUUAUAUACUGGUGAAUUAUUAAGAAGUUUUGCUAGAUUAUUAGUGAAGAAUGAUACUAUUAGUUUUCGUAUAUAUGAAGUUAUUGUGGAUGUAGCAAAAUCCUCAAAAGAAGGCCUAGAAGCAUCUGCUCAAUCAGGAUUUUUAAAUAGUUUAUUUGAUAUCCUUGAAAGUGAAGAUAUAUUGUUACAAGUAAAUGCAUUAGAAAUCUUGACACAAUUAGCAUUAACAGAAGAAGGAUUAAGUUAUUUAGAACAACAAGAUGUCGUAAGAAAAUUGGUUCAAAAAAUAGCUCAAGCCAAUGAAAAUCCAUUAUCAAAUUUAUUAAUUCCUGGAUUAAUGAAAUUUUUUGGUAAUGUUGCAUGUUAUUGGCCUAAUGAAAUAUUUUCAAAAUAUCCAAUUGUGGUUUCUGCAUUGUUUGAAGUAAUAGAAAGUGGAGAUCAAACUAUUCUUGGUGUUGCAUUAGAUACAUUGGGACAUGUUUCUAUGUGUGUUGAAGGUAAAUAUGCUUUACAGGCUCUGGGAGAUGCAAUGCCAUGUGCAUUAAAAAAAAUUGCUGAGAUAAUACAAAGAAUGCCUACUACAUUAAGAAUUCGUGGACUUAAUAAUUUAGCUCUUAUACUUGCUAUACAAAAAGUAGAACAAGAUAAUAGAAUUUUAUCACUGACAAAAUCAUGGUUUGAUUCUCUGUGUGAUGAUCCAUUGGGUAUGAUUGUGGCAUUAUGUAGACAACCAUUUGCAGAUAUUAGGCAAGCAGGUUUAGAAGUAAUGGCAGUUUUGGCAUCUCAAAUAUGGGGUCAAGAAUAUAUAUCUUCUUAUCCAGGUCUUGUAGAAUUUUUAUUGGACAGAAACAUUGAAUCUUUCAAAGAAUGUAAAGAAGCUAAAUAUGAAGUUGUAAAACAAUUAGUUGAAGCUGAACAAGACAUAUUUGAUGCAAAUACAAUGCAAAGGUUUAGGGAGUUUGUAAAUCAAGGUCCACAUUAUGUUGAUAUCAAUACAGAAGUUGCAAUUGAAGGAGGUCCAUAAAUUAUAUCAUAUCAUUUUUACUUUUGUUAUUUUAUGUUAAAAAUAUUAGAAAUAAUCAACAUCUAUCAAAAACAUUGUAUAAGGUAUCAAAUAACUUUUUCAAGUGAAAUUUUAACAAAACAUAUGCUAUUAUUUAUUUUCUAUAUGUUAUAUGUAUAAAUAAAAUGCAAUGAUAUACAAAUAAAAAUCUAAUUUUUCAUGUGAUCAGGAAUACAAAUAUACAAAGAGAAAUAAUUUAUUUUAUAGCUAAUACAAAUAAUACAUAAUGAAGUCUACAUAUAAUAAUGCAAAAUUACAUGUAAGUUUUACACAUUUACGCCUUAUAAUACAUCGAUAUUUUUUCGAUAAGUUUUUUUUUUUUUUAAUAAGUUUUUUCAUAUUAAUUUUAUAUAAUAAAGACAUACAUAACUUAUGAAAAAAGUUAGAUAAAGCAACUUUUGAUUGCCUUAUUGUAUACGUUUUCGUUUUUUUGGUGAAAGUAUCUUUAACAUGCUUACUAUAGGAGCUUCAAAAGAAACGGAUAUAAUAAAUGAUAAUACAUAAGAUAGAACCAGUUGUCCAAAGAAAGUGAUCAUCUAAAAGAUGUAUCAUUCUAUUAAAUUUAUUGAUAAAUGCCGAUAGAAAAUAGAUUUUAUACUUUUACAUACCAUAGUAUAUUUUCCUAAAUGAAAUGGUGAAUCCAAAUUCAUGGCUGUUAAUCGAAUUACAAGUGGAUGUACCAAGUAAGCGCAAUAUGUUGUUCUACUAAUUGGAUAUAAAAUCGGUGCCGAAAGAAUAUUAUUUACGUAUCCUAUGGAUAUUUAUAUUAAAGUUUUUAAAUUAAUAUGAUUAUAUUUUUAUAUUUAUUUGUAAUUUAAAAAUUAUUGCUAAUAAAAAUAUACCUCCGUAA